AUGGAAGCUAGACUCUCCGAAACUCUUGGCCUCCCAUCUCCGAAUCUUAAUCACUGCCAUCUUCCACGCGAUUUCAAUUCCCUCUUCACUCAUUUCUCCGAUCUCACCUCCGUCAAAAGCCCCAUCGUCAGAGAGCCUAAACCCAAAACCAAAUCACCGAGAUUUAGAGCAAGUUUCGGAAGAUCCGAGGCAUUAUUUGCAUGUACAUCAGUCUCGGAUCCAAUCCACGCAAAUCCCGGAUCAGAAUUCCUGAAAUGGAUGAAACAAGCAUCACGAAGCAGUCCAAAAAUCCAAACACUCAUGAAACAACUCUCUGUGUGGGAACGUGCCAUCAUCGGUGCAGGAGCCGGUGGACUGGCGGGAGCUUUUACAUACGUUGCCCUUCUCCCACUUGACACAAUCAAAACCAAGCUUCAAACCAAAGGCGCGUCUCAGGUGUAUAGCAACACAUUUGAUGCAGUAGUUAAGACAUUUCAAGCUAAAGGUGUUUUAGGUUUUUACAGUGGUGUCUCCGCCGUGAUUGUUGGGUCUACGUUUUCCUCCGCCGUCUACUUCGGUACCUGUGAGUUUGGUAAGUCUCUACUCUCCAAAUUCCCGGAUUUUCCAACCGUGCUAAUCCCACCUACUGCUGGUGCUAUGGGAAACAUAAUCUCUUCGGCUAUAAUGGUCCCUAAAGAGCUCAUUACACAGAGAAUGCAAGCUGGAGCUAGUGGGCGAUCGUAUCAAGUAUUGCUUAAGAUUCUUGAGAAAGAUGGAAUCUUGGGGCUUUACGCCGGUUAUUCGGCUACAUUGUUGAGGAAUUUGCCGGCUGGUGUUCUAAGUUAUUCGUCGUUUGAAUACCUCAAGGCUGCGGUUUUGGAGAAAACGCAGCAGAGCCAUCUUGAGCCUUUGCAGAGUGUUUGUUGUGGCGCAUUGGCUGGUGCGAUUUCUGCUUCCAUAACUACACCAUUAGAUGUUGUCAAGACUAGGCUGAUGACGCAGAUUCAUGUCGAUGCAGUGAACAAACUUGGCGAUGCUAUGUAUACUGGUGUGGCUGGGACAGUGAGACAGAUACUAAAAGAGGAAGGUUUGGUUGGUUUUACUCGCGGUAUGGGCCCUCGAGUUGUUCACAGCGCUUGUUUCUCUGCUAUCGGUUAUUUUGCAUUUGAGACUGCAAGGCUUACAAUCUUAAAUGAAUAUUUGAAGAGGAAAGAAGUUUCUGAAACUAACCUUGAUGCUGAUUCUUGAGUUUGGUUUUAAAUAUGGUCAGAUGAACAAAGAGAGCUUUUCCAAUGCUUCUCCAAGAAGCAUUAAUCUUUAUCCUUGUUCUCCAUACUUGAGUUGUUUCACUUUUGCUGCAUUUUCAUUCGAGCUUUAUUUUCAUUCUGAUUCGAUUUCUUUCAGAUUCAUCUUUAUAGACUGCCAUGCUUUCCUUCAAUCUCAUGUCAUUUUUGUCCGUAUAAUCCUACGCUUGUAAAUCUAUCUUCCUUCUUUUCUCAUACACUUCAUUUUUGUUACAAAGCAGUUGGGAGUUAUGUUGAUUUAUAAUUCUCUGCUACAUUAAUGAGGAACUUACUGCCUGGCAUAUUAAGAUACUAGUCGUAUGGAUAGUUGAAAGAAACAGUUUUGGAGAAAAUGCAACAGAAGAACCAUCUUGAGCCUUUGUUGUGGCGUGUUGGCUGUGCUAUAUGUGCUUCCAUAAAUACACCAUAAGAUGUGGUCAAGACUAGGGUGAUGACAGAUGUUCACAUAACUUGGUGCUACUGGGGAGGAACUGUGAGUUAGAUACUAAAAGAGGGUGGUUGGGUUGGUUUUACGCGAGGCAUGGGAACUCGAGUUGUUCACAGCCCUUGUUUCUCAUGGAUUGGUUAUUAUGCAUUUGAGAUUAUGAAUAAAGAUAUACAGAGCUUUUCUCUUGUUCUCAAAAUGAAGCAUUAAGCUUUAUCCCUGUGAGUUGUUUCGAAGGCAAUAUUUAUCCAAAACCAAGCUUGGAUUCUAAGAGGGUACUUUGCAAGAUAGUGAGAGCUUUGUUCAUUCUAAGAUUUGUGUAUUUGUUCUCUGUUUUGAUUUUGACACAAUUACAUUGUUCACAUAUGUGUAAGACAAUCUUUAAAUCAUUAAUCAUGCAUCUUGUGUUGUUGUUUCA